UCUGGCAACCUGGCAACGCUGGCUGCUACGUUAAAAAGUUGAAAUCUGUGUGAAAUGGCGGAGGAUUGUGGCAGAAAUAAAAUCACGAUUACCGUGAAAACUCCUAAAGAUAAAAAAUCUAUCGAGAUUGGCGAAAAUGCAGAAAUCAAAGAGCUACGUGCUAUUGUCGCCGAAAAGUUUGAGUCUGAUCCAGAUCUAGUAUGUUUGAUUUUUGCUGGAAAGAUCAUGAAAGAUACAGACACUAUAAAAACACACAACAUUAAAGAUGGUCUUACGGUACAUCUGGUCAUCAAAGCUGCUCCAAGAAAUGAACCAGAAGGACCUCGUCGUCCACCUGCUGAUGUUAGUCAAACUCCGUUUGGACUCAACCAGCUAGGUGGGUUAAGUGCUCUUGGAGCACUCGGUGGAAAUCAGACAAAUUUUAUGGAUCUACAAUCACGAAUGCAACAUGAGUUGCUUGGAAAUCCAGAAUUGAUGCGAACCGUUUUGGACAAUCCAUUGGUACAGCAAAUGAUGAAUAAUCCGGACACAAUGCGUCAGCUCAUUACAUCUAAUCCGCAAAUGCAGGACUUGAUGCAACGUAACCCUGAGAUUUCGCAUAUGUUGAAUAAUCCGGAGCUUUUGCGUCAGACCAUGGAAUUAGCUCGCAACCCUUCAAUGUUACAAGAAUUGAUGAGGUCGCAUGAUCGUGCCAUGUCGAAUUUAGAAAGUGUUCCAGGAGGAUAUAGCGCCUUGCAGCGAAUUUAUCGGGACAUUCAAGAGCCGAUGUUAAAUGCAACAUCUAGAAAUCCUUAUUCUGGUACUUCUGAUUCGGGUAGUUCUGAAAAUCCACAACAAGGGACAGAAAAUCGAAAUCCACUACCAAAUCCUUGGGGUGAGAAUCAAAGUGGAAAUAAUCAAACAACAGAUAAUCCACCACCAAAUAUAUUGAAUACACCCACUAUGCAAAGUUUGUUACAGCAAAUGGGAGAAAACCCAUCUCUCAUGUCAAACAUGAUGAACGCGCCGUAUACUCGAAACAUGCUAGAAGCAUUGUCAGCUGAUCCAAAUAUGGCAGCUAAUUUGAUGGGUCAAAAUCCAAUACUGGCUAAUAAUCCAGCACUUCAAGAGCAAAUGCGCGCGAUGAUGCCACAGUUUUUACAGCAGCUUCAGAAUCCUGAAGUACAACAGAUGAUGUCUAAUCCGCAGGCCCUCGAUGCUAUACUACAGAUUCAACAAGGAAUGGAACAAUUACGUUCGGUUGCUCCCGGAUUGGUCAAUACGAUGGGUAUUCCUCCUCCCCCUUCGGGUGCAUCGACCACAUCUGCUAGCACUGGAAGUACCACAAAUAGUAACACGACAACUCAGUCGAAUCAAGCACUUUUUUCUGACUUUAUGGCGCGUAUGAUGAACGGUAUGGCAUCCAAUUCCAAUCCGACUGUGCCCCCAGAAGAACGUUACCGUUCGCAACUGGAGCAGCUUUCCUCGAUGGGAUUUGUGAACCGCGAAGCCAAUCUUCAAGCUCUGAUUGCUUCGUUUGGCGAUAUAAACGGGGCUGUUGAAAGGCUAUUAGCCCUCGGUCAGCUUUCUUUGAGUUAACGUGUUUGUUGGCUGUGCAGAAUAUGCCAAGAAUCUUUUGACGACGAAUAGUAAACACAGCGGUAGACUAGAAUGAUGACAUGCGUCUAAUGACGAAAAUCAGUUUAAAAUUGAGCAUAGAUUUCGCUAUUUUUUGAAGGGCAGUGAAAAUACUAAUUCCCCUUUUAACAUUGCUCUAUGCCGCAAUUUUUUUUUUGGUAAAAUUACUCGAGACAGUUUGGUGGAAGUGAACCCAGUCGUUGGAAGAGUUACCUGUAAGAUCAGGAGAUUCUUAAAAAAAAGAUGCACAGUAUAGGAUUUUCGACCUUAUAAACUGACAUUUCCAAUUCAACAUUUGUGUGUUUGAAAAAUACAAAUAAGUACCCGUUCAACAAAAACUGCAAAAACAACUGUGUAGAAAAGGCAAAAUUUAAUAAAAUACUAUUUUAGUCAUUCACUAGUGACAUUCAAAGACACUUUAUCUGUUUUGUAGCUUACUCGAUGGUACAUGAAAAGCAAUUCAUUUCAUAUGGCGAACGGUGGUUAAAUAAAAAAUAAAUUCAUCUAUACUGUAUUGUAUUUUAUGGAAGCGGAUCAAUCCAUAGAACAUAUGAAAUAAAUUAUAGUAAAGUUUAA